GGUGGGGUGGGUUAGGAGAGAGUCUGUGGUUUCCAUGGAGAUGAAGCUGAAAGUGCAGGAAAUUUAAAGGCUUUGGGUCCUUGCAAAGCAGACAAACUGGUGCCAACGUGCGUGGCUGCUGUUGCUGCUGAGGAGGCUGCUUUGCAAACGGCGGAGAGGAGCAGGGAGGAAGAAUCGGCAGCUACUUCUUCCACACGCACGGGCAGACAACGAGGAGCGGCAGUAACAAGCAGAAUUCGCAACAAAAAGAGGCAUCUCCCGUUCCCGGGAAGGGCGAGAAGAAGAAGAAGCAGCAGCAGCAGAAUUUUGGAGCGGAUUCACCAGGAGAAAUUUUAUAGAGAAGCCUGCAAGAGAGAGUGUUUGCAGGGGGCUUGUUCUCCGCGCUUAUCAGGGGGCUGUCUUUGCUGGUGGUGCGGGGAGUGGAGAUCGUGAUCCCCUUCAAAGACGAGCUAUUUUGGAUAUCCCCGUACAAGUUUUCUGAUGUAUUUGCUUGCACCUUCUUCCCUUGCUGUUUGGUGAAUCCAGCCCCCCUUCCCCCCCCCCCCCCCCCCCACCGGUCUCCCAAGGAUGGAUCAUUCCCAGUGCCUUGUGACUAUAUACGCCUUGGUGGUUCUGCUGGGUCUCCGGCUAGAGCAGGGCGCCUGCCAGCACUAUCUGCACAUCCGACCGGCUCCCAGCGACAACUUGCCCUUGGUGGAUCUAAUCGAGCACCCGGACCCUAUCUUUGACCCCAAAGAGAAGGAUCUUAACGAGACCUUGCUAAGGAACCUCAUGGGCGGACACUUCGACCCCAACUUUAUGGCUGUUUCUUUGCCCGAGGACCGGCUCGGAGUGGACGAUCUAGCUGAGCUGGACUUGCUGCUCAGGCAGAGACCCUCGGGAGCGAUGCCCAGCGAAAUCAAAGGGCUGGAGUUCUACGAUGGGCUGCAGCCGGGCAAGAAGCACAGGCUGAGCAAGAAGCUGCGCAGGAAGCUGCAGAUGUGGCUUUGGUCCCAGACGUUCUGCCCGGUCCUAUACACGUGGAACGAUCUCGGCAGCCGCUUUUGGCCCCGGUAUGUCAAAGUGGGCAGCUGCUACAGUAAAAGGUCUUGUUCAGUCCCCGAAGGCAUGGUUUGCAAACCUGCCAAGUCCGUGCAUUUAACGAUCCUGAGGUGGAGGUGCCAGCGCCGAGGCGGGCAGAGAUGCACAUGGAUACCCAUCCAGUACCCCAUCAUUUCGGAGUGUAAGUGCUCUUGCUAGGGCUGGCACUUCCCUUCGCGCCCCUUCUCCAGCGGACUCACGUGGACCUUUGCUGCAACAGAAAUAAAAGACAUUUGCUUUCUGGUUAACGUUGUAAUGCACUGUAACGUGUAGGAGAAUGUAUAUUGUGUGUAUAUAUGGCACCGGUUUAAUAUACUAUUAAAAGGUCAGUAUUAUACGUGAAAUAAUCAGCGUCUACUGUAUUUUCAAGACUAUUACCCUGA